AUGCAUGAUAAUGAAGCAUUUUAUAAUUUUAAUAACCGCCAAUAUCUGUUUUUUGAAUUAAUUAAUCAUUGGUUACAAUUAAAAACUUUGAAUCCUAUUGAGGUUAUGAAAGAAAUGGCACAACAUAGAGCUAAUUUUGAUGAAUAUACUCUUAAAGAAACACGAAAAUUUAAUUCAAAAUUAUUACAAAGAUCUCAAAAUUUUGUAGUUGACACACCAGAUGGAUCUCUUGAUUUAGAGGUAGCUUUACGAUUUAAACGAAUGAAUGCUGCAGAGAAAUCUACAUCCCAAACUAAAGGUCAACUUACCCGAUAG